AGAUGAAUACCUUUAUGGUAUGCUUCAGCAAACGAUAACUCAGGGGGCAGGAAAAACAGCAAUUCCGGAAUCAAAAGAGGAUGAAAAUCUCUACACGAUCUGCAACCCUAGCACCGAAGAAGCAAAGCAAGCUGAAGUAGAUGUGCGCGAAGCUCAACUAAAAAAAGACGUUUCUUCCUUCUGCGUCCUCCCACUUAAACCUCCACACGAAGUUGCAGAUCGUGUUUUGAGGUGGCUGAAAUUGUAAAACAGUUGAAAGGGCUCAAGGAGGCUAACAAGAACAGAUUGAGUUACUUGUACAUUUCAGGAAACCAAGGAAGUGGCAAAUCUCAGCUAGCCCGCCUCGUAGCGAAAAGAAUCUUCGAUCAAGUUAAUAAAAUCCCACAUUCUACAUUCUUUGUGAUGACAGUGAAUGCUGAAAGCUCAACCACUCUUCUAGAAUCGUAUGUCUCCUUUGCCCUGAAGCUGAAGUGUUCAGAAUAUGCCAUUUCCAACACACUCAACUCUCCCGAUUUGAACUCAGACGAGAAGAUUGCCCACUUGGAGACUUUAAUCGGCACAAAAAUCGAGCUUUACACCACUUGGCUUCUAGUUGUUGAUAACGUCAAAAGCAUCUCUAACAUUUAUGCUCAUUUGCCAAAGUCUGGAGAUGAACAGUGGGCGAGGGGUCAGUUGCUGAUCACGACACAAGACAUCGCGUCUGUUCCGUCAACAAGUUGUUUCAUUCAUCACGUCUCCGUCAGCAAAGGUAUGGAGCUCAAAGAUGCGACGUCCCUUAUAGAAAAGCUUUCCGGUAUCUCAGAUUGUGAGACAGUCAAAGUUGCUCAAGUAUUGGGUUAUCAGCCACUUGCCUUAGCAACUGCCGCAAUCUAUGUGAGGGAGGCUGAUCGGAAUAAAGAAAAUUUGGGAUGGAAUAGUUACCUGCAAAAACUUGAGAAAGGCCAAAGAGUUGCAACUGCCAGACGUUUUGUUAAACCGAAGCCAACUUACCCAAAAUCCAUGAGUGAGGUAGUAGAGAGAGCUGCUGAAGAGGCGAUGAAGUCCAGUAACGCUGUAAUCAAAGACAUCCUUACUUUGCUUUCCUUGUGUGCACCACAACCGUUGAGUCUCGAGAUAGUUUUCAAUUACAUUCGCAACGUAGAGAUAGAUGUGCAAGAUGAAGAUGACAUUAGGAUGAAGAUUCAAAGAUGCUCUCUGUUGCUAUUUGACGAAAAUGAGAGUGGUGUGUACAUUAGAGUACACCAGGUUACACACGAUGCCCUCUGCAAUGUUGUUGGGGGAUUUACUCAGGAGCGUGAAGGAUUAGUCUUGAAAGCGAUCGUUAAGUCAUUUUUCGAGCUUGUGCUAGAUUACAGUCUACAUGAUCCAGACAACUUGAAUUCAGUUGUUAAAGGAACGCGUAUCGUUCCUCACUUACAAACGUUGGUGAGAACAAUACGACAGAAGUACUCUCAGGAAAAUGUAUCUGAAGUUGCAGAAAACGAUAUCUUCCAUCCGUCUAGUAUGUUGCGCUUUAACACACUUGCUUUAAUAUGUCUUAAAUAUCGCGCGUUUUACGCGGCAAGAGAAUAUUUUAGAAUGUCGCUUGCCAUUAAAGUAAAAAUCCUCGGACCUGCGGAUGUUGAUGUCGCAAAUGAGUACAACAACCCGGGAAAUGUUCACCUUGACCUGGGUGAACUGAGUCGGGCAAAAGAGUUUUAUCAUCUCACACUGGAAACACCCGAACCUGACCAUGUCGAUGUCGCGAGCACGUACCAAAACCUGGGGAAUGUGCGCCACAACCUGGGUGAACUGGGUCGGGCAAAAGCGUUCCAUGAUUGCGCACUGGCCACUCUUCUGAAAAAAGUCGGACCUGAGCAUGUCGAUGUCGCAGACACGUACCAAAACCUGGGAAAUGUGCACUUUGACCUGGGUGAACUGAGUCACGCCAAAGAGUUUUAUGAUCGCGCACUGGCCAUUCUUCUGAAAAAACUCGAACCUGAGCAUGUUGCUUUCGCAAAAACGUACAACAACCUGGGGAAUGUGCACCAGAACCUGGGUGAACUGGGUCAGGCAAAAGAGUUUUAUGAUCACGCACUGGCCAUUCGUCUGAAAAAGCUCGGACCUGAGCAUGUCGAUGUCGCAAGCACGUACCAAAACCUGGGAAAUGUGCACUUCGACUUGGGUGAACUGAGUCAGGCAAAAGAAUUUUAUCAUAGAGCACUGGCCAUUCUUCUGGAAAAACUCGGACCUGAGCAUGUUGCUGUCGCAAGAACAUACAACAACCUGGGGAAUGUGCACCACAACCUGGGUGAACUGGGUCAGGGAAAAGAGUUACACGAUCGCGCACUGGCCAUUCGUCUGAAACAGCUCGGACCUGAGCAUGUCGAUGUCGCAAGCACGUACCAAAACCUGGGAAAUGUGCACUUCGACUUGGGUGAACUGAGUCAGGCAAAAGAAUUUUAUCAUAGAGCACUGGCCAUUCUUCUGGAAAAACUCGGACCUGAGCCUGUUGCUGUCGCAAAAACAUACAACAACCUGGGGAAUGUGAACCACAACCUGGGUGAACUGGGUCGGGCAAAAGCGUUCCAUGAUUGCGCACUGGCCACUCUUCUGAAAAAAGUCGGACCUGAGCAUGUCGAUGUCGCAGACACGUACCAAAACCUGGGAAAUGUGCACUUUGACCUGGGUGAACUGAGUCACGCCAAAGAGUUUUAUGAUCGCGCACUGGCCAUUCUUCUGAAAAAACUCGAACCUGAGCAUGUUGCUUUCGCAAAAACGUACAACAACCUGGGGAAUGUGCACCAGAACCUGGGUGAACUGGGUCAGCUCGGACCUGAGCAUGUCGAUGUCGCAAGCACGUACCAAAACCUGGGAAAUGUGCACUUCGACUUGGGUGAACUGAGUCAGGCAAAAGAAUUUUAUCAUAGAGCACUGGCCAUUCUUCUGGAAAAACUCGGACCUGAGCAUGUUGCUGUCGCAAGAACAUACAACAACCUGGGGAAUGUGCACCACAACCUGGGUGAACUGGGUCAGGCAAAAGAGUUUUAUGAUCGCGCACUGGCCAUUCUUCUGAAAGAACUCGGACCUGAGCAUGUCAAUGUGGCAAGCACGUGCCUAAACCUGGGAAAAGUGCACCACAACCUUGGUGAAGUGAGUCAGGCAACAGCGUUAUAUGAUCGCGCACUGGCCAUUCUUCUGAAAAAACUCGGACCUGGGCGUGUCGAUGUCUCAGAUACGUACAAAAAGUUUGUCUAUAUACCCUUUGGCCUGGAUGAACCGAUUUCCUCCGAAGAGUUUUAUGACUAUAAACUGGUCACUCUUCGGAAAAUGCUUCACCAGAGCUUGUUUCUCGGGGGUUCACUCGUGGUUUUCAAAAAUGUGNUGGGUGAACUGGGUCGGGCAAAAGCGUUCCAUGAUUGCGCACUGGCCACUCUUCUGAAAAAAGUCGGACCUGAGCAUGUCGAUGUCGCAGACACGUACCAAAACCUGGGAAAUGUGCACUUUGACCUGGGUGAACUGAGUCACGCCAAAGAGUUUUAUGAUCGCGCACUGGCCAUUCUUCUGAAAAAACUCGAACCUGAGCAUGUUGCUUUCGCAAAAACGUACAACAACCUGGGGAAUGUGCACCAGAACCUGGGUGAACUGGGUCAGGCAAAAGAGUUUUAUGAUCACGCACUGGCCAUUCGUCUGAAAAAGCUCGGACCUGAGCAUGUCGAUGUCGCAAGCACGUACCAAAACCUGGGAAAUGUGCACCUUGACCUGGGUGAACUAAGACGGGCAAAAGAAUGUUAUGUUAGAGCACUGGCCCUUCUUCUGAAAAAACUCGGACCUGAGCAUGUUGCUGUCGCAAAAACAUGCAGCAACCUGGGAAAUAUGUACCGCAAACUAGGUGAACUGAGUGAAGCCAAAGAGUGUUAUGAUCUUGCACUGGCCAUUCGUCUGAAAAAACUCGGACCUGACCAUGUCGAUGUCGCACUAAUGUACCAAAACCUGGGAAAUGUGCAUCUUGACUUGAUUGAACUGAUUCAAGCAAAAGAAUUUUAUGAUAGAGCACUGGCCAUUCGUUUGAAAAAACUCGGACCUGAGCACGUCAAUGUCGCAAGCACGUACCUUAAUUUGGGAAAUGUGCACCGCAACCUGGGUGAACUGAGUCAGGCAAAAGAGCUUUAUGAUCGCGCACUGGCAAUUCGUUUGAAAAAACUCGGACCUGACCAUGUGGAUGUCGCAACCACAUACCAAAACCUGGGAAAUGUGCACCUUGACCUGGGUGAACUGAGUCAGGCAAAAGAAGUUUAUCACAGAGCACUGGCAAUUCUUCUGGAAAAACUCGGACCUGAGCAUGUUGCUGUCGCAAAAACAUACAACAACCUGGGGAAUGUGCACCACAACCUGGGUGAACUGGGUCAGGCAAAAGAGUUUUAUGAUCGCGCACUGGCCAUUCUUCUGAAAGAACUCGGACCUGAGCAUGUCAAUGUGGCAAGCACGUGCCUAAACCUGGGAAAAGUGCACCACAACCUUGGUGAAGUGAGUCAGGCAACAGCGUUAUAUGAUCGCGCACUGGCCAUUCUUCUGAAAAAACUCGGACCUGGGCGUGUCGAUGUCUCAGAUACGUACAAAAAGUUUGUCUAUAUACCCUUUGGCCUGGAUGAACCGAUUUCCUCCGAAGAGUUUUAUGACUAUAAACUGGUCACUCUUCGGAAAAUGCUUCACCAGAGCUUGUUUCUCGGGGGUUCACUCGUGGUUUUCAAAAAGUGAUUGAGCUCAUCCUGGUUUAGUGAAUGUAAAACGUUUUAAAAAAUCAAAAAACCCUUUGUAGGACUUAUUCGAAUUAGCAAGUAAGGCUUAGGGUCAAUUCGUUUGCCGUAUUGGGAACCAGAGUUAGCUUUCUGGUCUGAGAUGUGGGAGAAAUGCCCAUAGUUAAGAGUGAUCGAAAAAAAAUUCAAAAAUCCCCAAGCAAACCUCUGUUUAGUGAGUUGUGAGACAGUUCCGUGACUUGUUGUCCUCGCUUGGGUUUUAUGAGGUUUUUAGUGUACACGUAUUACGAUUCAGAUUGUAUUAUUAUUUGAGUGUAAACUAUCUACUUUUGAAAAGUUUCUUAGAUUGGCCUCUGUUUACUCUAGAAACACACGAAACAGUUGUAGACGUUUAAUGUUUCCUUUUGUAAAGUACUCAUACGAGUGGGGUUAGUUUAUUUUCAGUGUGACAGGGUUUUAGAAUAUUUUACCUUACGAAUUUAAAGACUACUUCUUCCUAAUAACAAAAUCAGAACAACAAAUGUAACUACCGAGUUGUCCAGUUUUUUAUCCACUGAACUGCCAUGUACAUAUGCUGUGACUAUACGUUUUUCGACUGUGACGAUAGGUUUUCGCGCACAAACUGAACUCUCUCGGAAGGAACAACAAUAAGGGGGGAAAUUAGCUCGGUAGAGACGACUCAGCAGCGAGAACGGAAACUCGUCACGAUUUUCUGGUACACGGCGAUAUACUUCUAGCGAGGUUUUACCGAAGUCAAGGAUGGGACAGCGUUUUGGUUCAACAGUAGAGACCUUAAGAUACCCCGAAAAUCGGUGUACGGGUAACGGGUAGCGUCAUGUUUUUCAUUUUGCGAUGACGUCAUCAAUCCUAUCAGGUAGACUCAGCCGUUUUUCCGGGGUAGACACCAGUUUACCCGUAGAAGAAUUACGAGUACGAGAAGGACGAGCUACAUGAUGAAGAAACUAGUGAGUUUUUAAGAC